UCCACUGGCUGGUCCGCGAAACAUUUUUAUUAGGGUUUUGAUUUUUUUUCCUUUACGAUCAGCUCCAGUUUCUCCGUCUCAAUGGCGCAGAUUAAUGAUCUAUCGGAAGAGCAUGCAGUGAAGGGGUCAGAGGUUUUUGUUGGUGGUUUGUCUCGUACGAUAACUGAAAGCAAUAUUCGAGAGGUAUUCUCUACUUGUGGGGAAAUCAUAGAAGUACGUAUGAUGACAGAUCAGAAUGGCAAAUCGAAGGGAUAUUGCUUUGUACGUUUCACAACAAAAGAGGCUGCUAACAAGGCUAUAAAAGAAAAAUCCGGAUUCAUGGUGGAGGGAAAAAAGAUUGGUGUUGUUCCAUCAACAGAUCAAACUACUUUGUUUUUUGGAAACCUUCCCAAAGAUUGGAGUCCUGAUGAAUUUGAUAAAAUGGUUUGCCAGGCUUUUCAAGAUGUUACAUCUGUUGAUCUUGCAAUGCCCUUUGGCAGUGGAGAUACUUCUCUUGGUCAAAAACAACAAAACAGAGGCUUUGCUUUUGUGAAGUUUUCAUCUCAUGCUGCUGCGGCACGCGCACACCGGAUGGGUUCCAAAUCAGAUUUUUUACUUGGUGACAGUUGGCAUCCAGUUGUGGAAUGGGCUGAGGAGCCUGAAAUUGAUCCUGAAGAACUUGCUAAGAUAACGAUAGCGUUUGUUGGAAAUCUUCCAAAAGAUGCUAAUGAAGACUACUUGAAGAAACUGUUUGGACCAUUUGGGAAGGUGGAAAAAGUGCUAUUAUCGAAGAAGGGUCAAUCCCCAGUCGGGUUUGUCCACUUUGCUAAACGCUCAGAUCUUGACAAUGCAAUCAAGGAAAUGAAUGAAAAGACAGUUCAAGGUCCUAGUAGAGGUCCUGCAUUUAAGCUUCAGGUGGCGGUUGCAAAGCCACUGGACAGAAAAAGGAAACGAGCUCGUGAUGAAUCUCAAAGCAAGUCAGCUAGCAAGAUGAGUAAUCCGGUACUUCUGAGGAGUGAUCAGUCCCACGGAUCUCCUGCUGGUGGUCAACCAAAAGCUCCUAAACAGAAGUACUUAAUAGAGGAGCAGGUGCCUGAUUCUGAUCCAUAUGAAGCAGCUGUUGUCUCAUUACCUGCAGCUGUUAAAGAACGCUUACUUCGGAUCCUGCGACUUGGUAUUGCUACCAGAUUUGAUAUUGACAUCCAAUGCAUAACCAGCCUCCAUAAACUUCCUGAAUUGGCUGCUAUAUCUGUGCUUGAUCAGUUCAUGUUGUCAGGGGCUGAUAAGCUUGACAAGGGAGCAUAUCUUGCUGGGUUAAUGUCCAAGCACCAGAUUGAUAGAUUGGGAGUAAACAGAAUCCCACAGCACCAAGUUGAUAAAUUGGGAGUGAACAGAAUCCCAUUGCAUUUACCAAGGGUAGAGGAUACUGCUCCUGGGGAAUCAGUACUGCCUAGUUUGUCCAGUAGAGUUCACCGGCCAGCUUUUGAUUCUCUUGCUUCGCGUUUGGGCACAACUGCAGCUAGGUACGACGGUUAUGAAACAUCCCCAGCAUUGUCUCGCUACUCUACUUACAGUUAUACUGAUUAUCCCCUGUCUCGACAAUUGGGCUUUGAUAAACUGGAAGAAACAAGUCCUACCCCACUCUAUAGAGCAGCAGUUUCUUCUUCGAGCUAUGGCAGAGCUGAAUUGGAUCCUCGCCUCAUAGCCACUUCUGUGGCCCCACCUGCUCGCCCUCAAAUGAGGUUUGACCCUUUCACAGGUGAACCUUACAAAUUUGACCCUUUUACCGGUGAGCCCAUAGAGCCAGAUGGUGUGCGUUCCCAAUCUGGGAGCCGAUACUGAUAUAACAGAACAGCAAAUAGCUUAAUAUGUAUAGGAGGGGAUUGCUGUCUCUCCUUGUUCAAUCUAAGAAUCAGAGAAUGUAGGACGGAUUUCAUUCACGAACCUGGUAGAUUGGUUUUGAGGGUGUAUUUUUGUUGGGGGUUGUGCGUCGUGACAUAAAUUUAUAAUCGUAGAUUGUUUAUUAAUUUCAUGUCCAUUAGAUCA